GGGGGGGGGGGAAAUGGUAUGGAAAUUCUCCGAUGUGUCAACAAAUUUUCAGUUUUCGUGUCUCUCUCUCUCAAUGAGGUACUUUGUUUGUGUACCUCGUUGUGUACUACAUACGUAAAGUGUGUGCGUGUGUGUUGUACGAAUAAAACCUGCACGCCCGACUUACACUACGAAUACAACACGACCAAUGCCUUUAUUACCUUGCGGAAGUGUCAUGCGAAUGGAAGAGAGGACCCCCCUCUCCCCCUUGCAUCUCGAAUUGUGGAUGCUGCUGGAUGGCGCUGCAAGAAACUUUCCCGCGCCCCUGGUCUUGUCAUGAUGUUAUGGCGGUGUCAGCUUCUCGUUUCUGAGUGGAUGAAAACAGCCGGCCGACGUGGACGACCGUGGCUGCGCGGUCAGGCGAUGAAAGGCCGUGGCAUCCGUCGACGCCCGCGGGAUGGGCAUCUGCCGGGCAAACGAAGAAACUCAGAAAAGAGAGGGCAAAGAUACGACGUCG